AUGGAGCUCCUUCUUCAACAACUCCCAACCAUCAUCAUCAUCAUCACAACACUACUACUACUCGCCAUCUCCAUCUUCUUCGCGAAAUCUCGACCGUCCACCACCCACAACCGCAACACCACUCCACCGCUCCCUCCCUCGCCGCCGACGAAGCUGCCGCUGAUCGGCCACAUGCACCACCUCGCCACCGGCAACUCAUCCCUGCUGCCGCACCGGGCCCUCAGGGACCUGGCCCACAAACACGGGCCCGCGAUCAUGCACCUCCAGCUGGGCCAGGUCCAGACCAUCGUCGUCUCCUCGGCCCAUAUCGCCGAGGCCUUCCUGAAAACCCACGACGUCAACUUCGCCCAGCGGCCGCCCGCCCACUCCGCCGACAUCCUCGCCUACGGCUGCACCGACAUCACCAGCACAACAUUUUUACAUAGAAAUCGCGAUUUUGACUGCAUUGAAUUCAGGUCGUUCGGAUCCAUCAGGUCGGACGAGGUCUCGAACCUCGUCACCGCCGUAUCGUCGGCGGCGGCGUCGGGCGGCUCCGGCUCCGGGGUUGACUUGAGCGCCAUGUUCUGUAAGUUGACUUACGGCGUCCUCUCCCGGGCCGCGUUCGGCGAGGCGACCGGAGAAGGAAGGGAGGCUUUCCUGCCGCUGAUCGACGAGAUCACGAGGGUGGCGACGGGGUUCAACGUGGCGGAUUUCUUCCCUUCGUUUAAGUUUCUUCAGGUUGUCACGGGUGUGGCCGCGAAGUUGAGCGUGCUUCAUCGGAAGGCCGACGAGGUGCUUGAAUCCAUCAUCGCCGGCCAUGGAGAACGGAAGAAGGGAAGUAAGAGGCCGAGUGAAGAAGGAGAAGGAGAAGGAGAAGAAGAAGUGCUUUUGGAUGUGCUUCUGAAGCAUCGGCAGGGGGAAGAAGAUGAUUUGGGCUUCUCAUUGACAACCGACAAUAUCAAGGCGGUCCUCGUGGACCUAUUCUUUGCUGGCACUGAGACAACGGCUACAAGUCUAGAAUGGGCCAUGUCGGAACUAGUGAAGAACCCACGAGUGAUGCAAAAAGCCCAAUCCGAAGUAAGGCGGGCCUUUGGGCCCAAAGGAAAUAAGGUCGACGAAUCAAGGCUCCAAGAGCUCGUAUACCUAAAAAUGGUGAUCCGAGAGAGCAUGAGGCUCCACCCUCCGGUUGCCGUGCUGCUGCCGAGGACGGGAGCCGAAGACUGCGAGAUCGGCGGCUACCACAUACCGGCCCGUUCCAGCGUCAUGGUGAACGCCUGGGCGAUCGGGAGAGAUCCCGAGUACUGGGCGGAUCCCGAGACGUUCUGGCCCGAGAGGUUCCUCGAUAGCUCGGUCGAUUAUAGGGGGCUUCAUUUCCAGCUGAUACCGUUCGGGGCUGGAAGGAGGAUCUGCCCUGGAAUGUCGUUCGCUCUAGCCAAUAUCGAGCUUCCGUUGGCGUGGUUGCUGUAUCGUUUCGACUGGAAGCUGCCAGAUGGGCUGGAGCCUGAAUGCCUCGACAUGACUGAGGCGUUUGGGGCGGCCGUCAAGAGGAAAAACGGUCUUUUUUUGGUUCCUAAUUUUGUAGCUUAA